UGUAGGCCUACAGCAAGCCGCUGAGUGCAGGUAACGUUACAGUACCGCCUCUGCUGUCGGUCCGGCGAACUUGGACAACAUGCCGCUUUCAAACAGACUCGUCGCACCGCAGCAACUUUCUCUUGGCGUGUCUGGACUGAAAUGAUCAUCUGGAGCGUUUCAUCGACACAAACACAAACGCCGCACGGUCGACGCUCAACCCUGAAAGCUGAGAUGUGGACGGGACUCACCUGAGCGGACUAAAGGUUUAGAAGAGACCUUAACUUACAAACAAGCUUCUUCUUUUUUUUUUGUGUGUGUGGAUUUUAUAAAAAUGGGUGAGCUGUGGACGAACUACGUUUUCUUCAUGGCGUGUUGCUCUGGAUUAGGGUUCGGAAGCCCAAACAGAUGCGAUGAAGUGCGGAAAGUUUUCCAACUCAGACAGAUUGGACCAAAUCAAUUAUUGCCGUUAAGCCCCAGACCAGGUUCAGACCUUCAGGUGUGCAUGACCAAGAACCUGACCUGCUGCACCAAAAAGAUGGAGGAGAAGUACCAGGUGGCGGCCCGUAGAGACAUCCAGAACCUGGUCCAGACAUCCAGCUCCAGCCUCAAGUUCCUCAUCUCGCGCAACGUCGCUGCUUUUCAAGAGACCUUUGAGGUCCUGAUGAGGCAGGCGGAGAAUCGCACGAAUGCAGUCUUCCAGGAGUCUUACCGCAACAUGGCUGAUCAGGCCAUGGGCCCUGUGCGGGAACUCUUUACAGAUAUUAGUCUCUUCCUGCUGGGGUCUGAGUUCAACAUUGAUGACUUAGUGCAACGAUUCUUUGACGCUCUCUUCCCGCUGGUCUACAAUCACCUCAUCAACCCAGGCCUCAGCAACCUAUCACCAGGCUACGCUGAGUGUGUAAGGUCGUCCAGCCGGGAUGUAAGACCGUUUGGUGGGGCGCCCAGCCUCCUGGCUGAUCAGAUUGCUCGCUCUGGGUUCUCCGGGAAGCUUCUCCUUCAGGCACUGCACCUCGGCAUCGAGGUCAUCAAUACCACAGACCACUUACAGCUGAGCCGCGAGUGCAGACGGGCCCUGCUUAAGAUGCACUACUGUCCUCACUGCCAGGGCUUAACCCAGUCCAAACCCUGCAUGGGUUACUGCCUCAACGUGAUGCGAGGCUGCUUGGCAAGCAUGGCGGAGAUCGACACCCACUGGAGGGAGUUUGUUCGCUCGCUGGAGGGCCUGUCAGCACGGAUGCACGGAACUCAGGAUUUGGAGCAAGUGCUUCUGGGAGUUCACACACUGCUUCACGAUGCUGUCGGACACGCUCAGAAAAAUGGCCCCCGCCUCUCAGCACAGGUGCACAAACUGUGUGGCCCACCAAGCAGGAAGCCUGCGCAGUCAGUCCGCAUCCAGCACAGCAGCAACAGCAGAGAAUCCAUCCCUCUUAAUGCUCUUGUCAGAGUGUCAGGGGACUCGCUCGCUGUCAGGAGGAGGGACUUUCUGAACAGUCUACGUCUCUACCGUACGCUCUACGGCGGCCUGGCGGAUCAGCUGUGUGUGAGUGAGCUGGCCUCUGGUGACGGGCUGUCCUGCUGGAAUGGAACCUACAUCGUAAAAAGCUACACUCUCCGUGUGGUCGGCAACGGGAUCAAGGCUCAGAGUGCCAACCCUGAAGUGAAAGUGAAGGGAGCAGACCCUGUAAUAAAUCAGAUCAUUGACAAACUGAAACACAUCAAUCAGCUGUUACAAGGAAAGUCCAUUCCUAAACUGGGGUCACUGGACCAGAUUGAAACAGGAAGUGGAGACGCAGAGGGACGUUACAGCGGCGAAUGUGAUGAUGAAGAUGGCUGUGGUGGUUCAGGUGGUGGAGAGGUGAGGAGGAAAGUCUCCAGAGUCUCCAAAUGUAAGUCUCAUCUUUUCUUAAUUGUAUUGAACAAUUAACCUGUUAACCAUGUGAAGA